AAUUAUAUCAAAACUUUUUCCUUUGUAUUUUUUAGCCAUACCAUAUGACUGGUGCAAGUGAUGUAAAUUUGUUCUGUAAUGGAUACUAUGCAGAGAUACUUGUGAUAAAUGCUUUAACUUUGGAAGUCCUUUUCACUCUUUCAUCUCGAUUAAAUCCAGACUGGAUUAGUGCCAUGUAUGUCCUGAGACCUGUCAAAAGACAAGAUGAUGUGGUGGUUGCUUUGUCAGCUUCAGGGACUGUCAAAGUUUGGACGCUUUCAGGAAUUGAUGCUAAGAUUUCAGAACCUGUGUUUGAGGAUGAAUCCAAGCCAAUUCGAUGUCUAAAUGCAUUAAAGUUAACAUGCUGUGCUUAUAACCAAAGAACUGUGUUGAUUGUUUGUACAAAAUAUUGGCAGAUCUAUGAUGCUGGUGACUUCUCGUUAUUGUGUUCAUGUGAUAAUCGAAGAGGGGAACGUUGGACAGGAGGAGAAUUUCUUUCUGCUGAUAGAGUGAUAAUAUGGAGUGAUGGAGGUAAAGGAUAUCUCUACAAACUUCCCACAAACAGACUGAGAGGAAAGGCCCUUAGUUCUAUAGUGGACAGUAAAGAGUUUCACAGUGCUUCCAGUGACUCUGGUCAGCCAUUUUUGUACUGUGUUCUGAAUGUACAAUAUGAUGAGCGUUUAUUGUGUCCACCAGCUAUGAGCUACUUUUUGACUACAAGGGGACAUUUCCAAAAGCUUCUUUUACGUGGAGAUUCAAGUGGCCGUGUGAUAAUAUGGAGUAUUCCAGAAGUGUCAAAUCGUGAUUUAUCAAUCUUACAACAAGAAAAGUUUGAUAAAGCACCUGAUAUGUAUCCACAAACCAGCACAAGUCUUCAAGAAUCCUGGAGUGCCAUGAAACCACCACCACCAGGCAUAUUAGACCACCUUAGUGCAAAAGAACCAGAUGGUCAGCUCGUAAGAUUAACUGCUAGUGUAUAUCUACCACUACAAGGACGAUUGGUAUGUGGACGUGAAGAUGGAAGUAUAAUUAUUGUUUCUGCUACACAGACUGUAAUGUUACAGCUAUUAUAUGGACGACAUCAUACCUUUGAUGACUGGCCUUCACACCAAAUACUGGAUGGGCAUAAUGGUCGAGUAACCUGCCUUCUGUAUCCCAAUCACAUCCACAGUAGGUAUGAUAUUGCAUAUCUUGUCUCCGGUGGUGUGGACUUCUCUGUGUGCCUGUGGGACAUAUAUGCUGGAACAUUAUUGCACCGCUUUUGUGUGCAUGCUGGAGAAAUUACACAACUUCUUGUGCCUCCUAAUAACUGUACAGCUAGAGUUCUUCAGUGUGUAUGUUCAGUGGCCAGUGAUCAUUCAGUAAGUUUACUUGGACUGAAAGAAAGAAAAUGUGUAAUGUUAGCAAGUCGUCAUUUAUUCCCUGUUCAACUUAUUAAAUGGCGUCCUGCUGAUGACUUUAUGGUUGUUGGUUGUGCUGAUGGUUCUGUUUAUGUGUGGCAGAUGGAAACAGGUCACCUUGAUCGUGUAGUACAAGGUCUUAUGGCUGAAGAAAUCCUAUUUGCUUGUGAUGAAAAUGUUACAACAAUCACUGACCGAAUGACGAAUCCUGCUGUUCAUUUUUUUCGUGGACUUCGUCAUAGAAAUUUAGCUGCCAUUCGACAUGCUGCACAAAGAGGACUUAGUCAACUUCAUACCCAACAACAGCCACAGCAUACACCUCAGUUUGGAUUUCCUUAUGAUGGAAUUGACAUUUCAUAUCGUUCUAGAGCUCAUCCACUUUUGAUUCAGGGAUUACGAACUAAUCCAAAAGAUCAAGAUAGUCAUGUUUUAUGUUUUGAUAUAGAAGCUCUGAUAGUUCAGCUUUUAACAGAGGAAUACUCUACCAUGUCACCUGGUGCUCUUGAGGCUCAAGGUUUAAUAAUACAGUCAGAAUACCAAAAGUAUCUUGGUAUGUCCAGCUCUCCUGAAAUGCAGAAAAGACUGACAGGCUUUAUUGCAAAAAUGAAAGACACAGCAGAGAAUGCUGCUCAGAAAAUACAAGCAAAAGCAGAAAGUGUUGGAUUUAAAGCAGUCUCAGGGGAAGUCACUAUUGGACAAAAGGUUGUACAUGAUGACAAAGCUGGUCAUAAUGUAGCAAAUAAGCCUUACCAAUUGGCAAUGGCAGAAACCAAUUUAACAAUGGAAAUUGCUCAAGUAUUGCUGUCUGUGCUUCAUGCUUGGGGACUUGAUGCUGACCUUGACCGUGUGUGUGAGAGCAAACUGGGUCUAUUGCGUCCUAUGAGGCCAGUUUGUUUUGGAGUUCUUUCUCGUAGUGGGCAUAUGGCAUUGCUUUUACCAACUUAUAUGCACAAGACAGAUGUUCCUUCUAUAAAAGAGGAAAUUACCAGAGCCCCAGCAGGAAAGCAUGUUCGUUUAAGUCCAGCUAUACCACUUGAGUUAAUAGAAGAAGAAGAAAGAGCAAGAAGGUUCUCCUCAGUUAACCACUGGGAACUUUCAACAGCAGUGACUACUAAUCACUUGCUUUCUGUGAUUAGUUUAGCUAACACACUCAUGUCUAUGAAUAGUGCUACUUUCAUUCCUGAACAAGAAAAGAGACGCAAAUUACACAGGAGGCUAAGUAGGUCUGAUAGUAAAGCAGCCAAUGCAGUAGGGGAAGUUAAACUAGCUGACAAAACUUCUAAGGAAAUAGAUGCCUUCACUAAUCAGCAGGCUCAAAUCAAACAAGGCUGGAGUCUUCUUGCAGCUCUUCAUUGUGUUUUAUUGCCUGAUUUAGUUAAAAGCUCUAAUUAUCGUGGUUUAGAGGUUGAAAUUCUGGCACGAAGAUGGCAAGACCGCUGCUUGGAGGUUCGUGAAGCAGCUCAAGCUCUCCUUUUAGCUGAACUUCGCAGAAUUGGAUCUAAAGGCAGAAAAAUGGUAGUAGAUGAAUGGGCUUCAUUCCUACCUAACUAUGAAGAACCUUAUUCAAGUCACUCUUCUCAAAAUAUUUCUUCAAACCAAUCUAGUCCUGGAAUAUCUAACUUUAAAAUCCAAAAUGAAAACUCUAGUACAUCAUCUGUAUCUAAGAUAGAAACUCAGCAACAGACUAGAAAUGAAGAACAGUCUUCAGAGGAAGAUGAUGAUGAAGAUGAUCAAGGUUUGGAUAUCGAGAAUAACAGCAAAAAGCCAUCAUCAGCAACUGAAGGAAGACGUAGACAAGCAACAGCAAUUGUUUUGUUAGGUGUUAUUGGAGCAGAAUAUGGUCAUGAAAUAGAACAAAGUAAACGUAAACCUGCAGAAGAGCAAAAAAAGAGGAGUGUUGUAGAAGGAUUUGGCCUUUCAAAUUGCUCUUUAGCCAGGAAUACUAGUAAGGUUCUUGCAUACCUUUUACUUGCUCCAGCAUCUCCUGAGCUACUAGCUCAUAUCACUCUCAGGCGAGCAGCUAUUGACUUGAUUGGGAGAGGCUUUACUGUUUGGGAACCUUAUCUAGAUGUUUCUAAGAUUCUUCUUGGCUUAUUGGAAUUGAGUUGGGACUCAGAUAAAUUAGUACCAAGCAUGACUUAUGGACUUCCUCUCACACCAGCUGCAGAUUCCUGUAGAACAGCUCGGCAUGCUCUUUCUCUUAUUGCUACUGCCAGACCCUCUGCUUUCAUCACUACAUUAGCUCGAGAAGUGGCACGUUUCAAUACACUUGCUCAAAAUGCACAAGCUUUAAAUAUAGCUCUUCACAACACAAUUCUCAGUCGAGCAAGGCCAGAAAUAUUGCGUGUUGUAGAACUACUGAUAGAUAAGAUGACUACUGAUGUUUCUGAUCUUCUUGUUGAGGUAAUGGACAUAUUACUUCACUGUCUUGAUCCAGUCCAACUUAAAAAUCGGGGUCUAUCUGAAACCUUUCCUCCUAUAUGCAGAUUUUAUAAUGUUAGUUUCUGUGCAUCUUCACGUCGUAUUGCAGUUGGAGCAAAGAAUGGAAGCUUAGUCUUAUAUGAGCUACGAGCUUCUAAGUCUCAGAACAUUCCAGCUCAUGCAGCAGCUGUCACUGCUUGUGCAUUUUCAUCUGAUGGCAAGUACCUUGUGUCCUAUUCAAGUGGGGAGAACAAACUCUGUUUUUGGCAGACAGCAACUGGCUUGUUUGGUCUUGGUAAUGUCCAGACACGUUGUGUGCGUACUCACAGUACACCUCCACUGCCAGAAACUGUGAAGGGUAAUCCUUUAAAGAUGGCAAGAUUAGUCUGGAUAGCUAACAAAGUUGUUGUACUCUUGUUGGCCAAUGGGAAAGAACAUAGAUUUAGUGUCACAUAGAUGAAUAUAUAUUUCUUGACUUUUCAUUGUGUUGUUAUUGUAUUGAUUUUUGCUUUCAAAUAAAGGUUUUUGUGCAUGUAGAACAACAUGGA